ACUUGUCUCCCUUGCCAAGGUCCUCUGUAAGUGAGGUCACGCGCAGGUCUACUCGGGUCCCUACAAUCAAUGUGCGACCAAGUUGGUGUUGCUGUUGGAUUUCGUUGGUUUUAGUUUCGAAAUUCCACCUACGAUCGACGCCGGCCCACCGUCCGGCCCUUACUCUGUCAGCGCAAGCCACAUUACUGCAUGCCCUACCGGGCCUACCCCAGACGGGAGCAGACUACGGCUGCCGUGAGAUUUCCAUAAACAGCAACCAUGCCCGCCAUCCAUCCUGCUUUAGACCAUUCUCGGAGUAAUGUCAUUUUUACCCUGGGAUCCCUAGCACCCCGGUACCCACUGCAACUCCUGAUCCAUAUCAGCAUUGCUGCCGCCGUUGUUUCUCUUGUUGUUGCACUUCGACUUAUCAGAGAAGACAAGAGAAACAAACACUCGACGAGACUGGUAACGGACCUGGUAGACGAGGGCGUCAACCCUUCACACUACCUUGGCGAGGGAAUUUGGGAAAAGUCACGUGGGGUCAGCAACAGUGUUUGGAUAGGCAUGUCAGCCAACGAGCGGCCGCCGCUUGAUCGAAUCGAAGCCGAUACUGGGCUUGAACCGCUCUAUCAGAGGAAAGAAUCACUAUGGGGCGUGGACGAUCUGGAUGGGGCACAUAGGGGUGGUGCUGAUGUCGUCAAGUCCGAUCUGGCUUUGAAGCACUUUCUGAGAGCACGACCACUUCCCCCGCCGCCAUUAACACGUCCUUUGGUGGCUAUGAAUAGGCCCUCCUUCGAGGGGCGGCGGAGUAGCGUGGCGUUGUCCAUGACAGGCGAUCUUGACAGCAGUUUCUUCAGCCAACCUAAUCCGGACUACUCGUUUUCCUCCUCCUCCUCCUCGUCUUCCUCAGCCUCGGCUCAGCCCAUCGAGCUGCCUGCUACACCGCGCCGGAGGUCUUAUACAAGAAUCUUACCACUCGGACCACCUCAACCAGUGUCAUGGUUGGAGGAAGAUGGAAGUGUCACUGCCUUUUCGCCUAGCUCCCUCCCUUCGUCGAGUCCAACUCUACCAUUGGCACCGCAUGAGUCCUUCCACGUUCAUAACAUUGACGUAAAAGGCGAAAUCAUCUCUGUCUUGGAUGACACGGGAGCAGGCUGGAAACGGCACACCCGCGUCUAUGGAGGAGGGGUCUGUCUCGCUUGUAUGGCUUCUGAGGGUGAAGGUGGUUUCUAUGGUAACAGUGUGCGGCCUGAGGAGAGAAGAUGAUGCAGAGUGCCCAAGCUUCUGCGUUAUUAGUGUCGACGAAUCGCAUCAGCAGGUGUAGUGACAGGGAACGGGGUUCCAGCAUCCAAGUCUUGCAUACUUUUCAUUCUGCAGCAUUCUUGAAACAUGGAGUUUAUGGUCAGCCUAAAUCUAGUCGAGGUUUGGGCAGCAAGACAUUUGCGAUUGUGGUGCAUUCUCGGUGGAAAGACUAGAUGAAAAGACGACAGGGCCGAUCAUCAUUGGGCGAACAUCGGAACGAGGUUGCGAUUACGCAUUCGUACGAGCUUCACAUUUCUUUUGUUGGAUUACGCAUUAACGAUCAAUUCCUUUACGCCAGACUCUCAAUCAUGUACACUUUACGAGAAGAGCUAUAUAGUCAUUUCACUUGUCUAUACUA